AGCGACUUUCCUGCCAGCUCCAGUCUGCCCCUGUCUUUUCACUGUAAAAAUUUUGCCUAUUCCCUGUUUCACCCUUUUAUCUUUCAUGGUAACCCGUUUUCACCAUCGUUUAACCACAGUAAAUAAAGUUAACCAAGUGCGCGGUUACGGUGGGCCCCGGGUCAAAUCUCCUCCCAACACCCGUCGUUUUCUCUAAAUUCACUGCAAACUCAAUUUCAAUGGCAGUAAACAAGCAAUACCAGCUACGACAAGGAUAGUAAAACUCCACUCAUUGCCCGUGUUAUUGUCAAGGCAGCUGUGGAAAAAAGUUCAAAGGAAGGUCAGAUCUCUUUGGCUCUACGAGUCCCAAAGCAGGCUUCUCUUUCCCUUUAACCAACCACCAGUUUACGCACCGCCCGGCCCUGCCCGGACCGUUAGGCCAUCGCCAGAUGUUCCCGAGAUUGAUCCAACCCCGUGAGGCCAUUUUGAGUCAGGAAAGUAGACGGCGCCCGGCAGGCGGAGGGUACGGUCAACGGGUUGGUGGGGACCCGUGUUUGGUGCUCACAUCCGACCCGAAACCCCGACUCCGGUGGACGGCUGACCUCCAUGAGCGGUUUGUCGACGCUGUUACCCAGCUUGGUGGCGCCGGCAAAGACCCUUUACUGGUAAGAGUUCUCUUGAACAUGAAUUUCAACUUCUAUCAACUGAAUUCGGCUCUAUUUUCAGAAGCGACUCCAAAAGCAAUAAUGCGUACAAUGGGUGUCAAGGGAUUGACUCUGUUUCAUUUGAAGAGUCAUCUUCAGAAAUACAGACUCGGCAAGCAAUCAGGGAAAGAACUUGGUGAGGCUUCAAAAGAUGGCACAUACCUAAACGAUAGCCCUCGGGCAAGUCAUUCUCCUGAGAAUUUGCAAGCAUCUGACGUGAAUGAGGGUUAUGAAGUUAAGGAGGCAUUGAGAGCACAAAUGGAGGUUCAAAGCAAACUGCACUUGCAAGUUGAAGCCGAAAAACAUUUACAGAUCCGCCAAGAUGCCGAGAAAAGAUACAUGGCCAUGCUUGAACAAGCCUGUAAGAUGCUCGCUGAUCAGAUUCUCGGGUCCCCACUUGCCAACGAGGAUGGGGAUGGCUUCCAAGGAAAUGGGCCAAAGUCGGAGCCCAAUGAUUCCCCUAGCCCACUAAUAUUACCAUACCCAGCCCAAACCACAGGCCCAUUAGUAUAUCCCAGUAGAUUUGAAAUCCCUCCAAACCUUCACCAGCAACGGGCCGAUUGUUCGACAGAGAGCUGCCUCACGUCCCAUGAUGUGGACCCCACAAAUGCUUCAUUUGUGUGGGGCGAGUCGGAAGCGUACACCUCUGACCUUCCUAUGGGUGAAUGGUCUGAAGGACUUGUGGAGUCUAACUUAUUUCAAGCUGUAAAUGGAAUCUACUGA